GCACUUGGGAUCGUACGCAGGAUUGGGACUGCUACAGAGGCCGCCACGGAGCCCGCCGGAGCCACCGUUCCUACUGCUGCUGCCGCCGCUGCCCGAAUCGGAACCGUCGGGCCGCAGCCGCCGGCAAUGCCGCGAAGGAAGAGGAAUGCAGGCAGUAGUUCAGAUGGAACCGAAGAUUCCGAUUUUUCUACAGAUCUCGAGCACACAGACAGUUCAGAGAGUGACGGCACAUCCCGGCGAUCUGCCCGAGUCACCCGCUCCUCAGCCCGACUAAGCCAGAGUUCCCAAGAUUCCAGUCCUGUUCGAAAUUUGCAGUCUUUUGGCACUGAGGAGCCUGCUUAUUCUACCAGGAGAGUGACCCGUAGUCAGCAGCAGCCUACCCCAGUGACUCCGAAAAAAUACCCUCUUCGGCAGACUCGUUCAUCUGGCUCAGAAACUGAGCAAGUGGUUGACUUUUCAGAUAGAGAAACUAAAAAUACCGCUGAUCACGAUGAGUCUCCACCUCGAACGCCAACUGGAAAUGCCCCUUCUUCCGAGUCUGAUAUAGACAUCUCCAGCCCCAACGUUUCUCACGAUGAGAGCAUUGCCAAGGACAUGUCCUUGAAGGACUCAGGCAGUGAUCUCUCUCAUCGCCCCAAGCGCCGCCGCUUCCAUGAAAGCUACAAUUUCAAUAUGAAGUGUCCUACACCAGGCUGUAACUCCCUAGGACACCUUACAGGAAAACACGAGAGACAUUUCUCUAUAUCAGGAUGCCCUCUCUAUCAUAAUCUCUCAGCUGAUGAAUGCAAGGUGAGAGCACAGAGCCGGGAUAAGCAGAUAGAAGAAAGGAUGCUGUCCCACAGGCAAGAUGACAACAACAGGCAUGCAACCAGGCACCAGGCACCAACAGAGAGGCAGUUGCGAUAUAAGGAAAAGGUUGCUGAACUCAGGAAGAAAAGAAAUUCUGGGCUGAGCAAAGAACAGAAAGAGAAAUAUAUGGAACACAGGCAGACCUAUGGGAACACUCGGGAACCUCUUUUGGAAAACCUGACUAGCGAGUAUGACUUGGACCUUUUCCGAAGAGCACAAGCCCGGGCUUCAGAGGAUCUGGAGAAGUUAAGGCUGCAAGGCCAAAUCACAGAGGGGAGCAACAUGAUUAAAACAAUUGCUUUUGGUCGCUAUGAGCUUGAUACGUGGUACCAUUCUCCCUAUCCUGAGGAAUAUGCACGACUGGGACGUCUUUACAUGUGUGAAUUCUGUUUAAAAUACAUGAAGAGCCAAACAAUACUCCGCCGACACAUGGCUAAGUGUGUGUGGAAACACCCACCCGGAGAUGAGAUAUAUCGCAAAGGUUCAAUCUCUGUGUUUGAAGUGGAUGGCAAGAAAAACAAGAUCUACUGCCAAAACCUGUGCCUGUUGGCCAAGCUUUUUCUGGACCACAAGACAUUAUAUUAUGAUGUGGAACCCUUCCUGUUCUAUGUUAUGACAGAAGCAGACAACACUGGUUGUCACCUGAUUGGAUAUUUUUCCAAGGAAAAGAAUUCAUUCCUCAACUACAAUGUAUCCUGUAUCCUUACCAUGCCUCAGUACAUGAGACAGGGCUAUGGCAAGAUGCUUAUUGAUUUCAGUUAUUUGCUUUCCAAAGUGGAAGAAAAAGUUGGCUCCCCAGAGCGUCCACUCUCAGAUCUGGGGCUCAUAAGCUACCGCAGUUACUGGAAAGAAGUGCUUCUUCGUUACCUGCAUAAUUUCCAAGGCAAAGAGAUUUCUAUCAAAGAAAUUAGCCAGGAGACAGCUGUGAAUCCUGUGGACAUUGUCAGCACUCUGCAAGCCCUUCAGAUGCUCAAAUAUUGGAAAGGAAAACACCUAGUUUUGAAGAGACAGGACCUGAUUGAUGAGUGGAUAGCCAAAGAGGCCAAAAGAUCCAACUCCAAUAAAACCAUGGAUCCAAGCUGUUUAAAAUGGACCCCUCCCAAGGGCACUUAAAGUGACCGGUUACUCCGAGCCAGCGAACCCCAGCAGUAGGAAUCCGUACCCUAGGGAUCUGUCUGUCAUUUCUGUUGCUCUUGUGAUUGGCAAGUACAGUAUCCUUUGGGAAGGCCAUCCCCCUCAGGACUGUCCUGGCUCCGACCUUCGUGUACACUGCAGACGCUGGUUCUGAGGAACUGUUGUUUCGGCCUCAGUGAGGUUGCCUGGAUGGGAUCUGUAUUAGACUUGAGUGCAGAUCCCUCGUAGCACUGACCCAAGGUGUUCUGUUUUGGUACUGUACCUGUCCAGUCACUGGUUCUCUCCUCUGGCCCCAUGAGGUUGUGUCGUGUCUUCUAAACUUUGUAAUAGUGCUUCUUCUUGCCGCCCAGUCACCAGACCACCAACUACGGUUACUGCCACCAGGACAUUCCCAGUUACUCCUUACCUGUGUUCUUGGAGGGGCAGGGAAGAGGUAACACUUCUGAGUGUGUGUGUGUGCUGGGAGGGGUCCCUUCCCUUUGGAUUUCAUCUCACUUUAAGUUUUUUCCUCCAUUUUAACUGAAAGACCUGUUUUUGAUCAGUAUCAGGCUGACCAGAGCCAAAUACUUUUUUUUUUUUUUUUUUUUUUUUUUUUUGCGGUACGCGGGCCUCUCACUGUUGUGGCCUCUCCCGUUGCGGAG